AUGAAUGAUACGAUACUGGUCUAUCCCUACAAUGGAAGCUUGUACGCAUAUAACGUAACCGACCCAUCAGUAGCUGAACCCGUACCGCCUGAAAAUGUGAUAACAGGUGAUGGAUGGGAGAAUCCAAGACUUGUAACUGUUGUCAACGGCAAACUCCCAGGUCCAGAUAUAAUCGUAUAUGAGGGGCAAGACGUUGUGGUGCAUGUCAAGAACGGAAUGCGAAGCGAGGGGACUACCAUUCAUUGGCAUGGCCUGCCCCAGGUCGGAACGCCAUGGAUGGACGGUGUCCCAGUAUCUGUCGAUGGUCACACAUUGACUGUUGUUGCAUCUGAUGGUUAUGACCUAGAUCCAGUGGAUGUGGAAUCAUUUGUCAUCAAUCCCGGCGAGAGGUUUGACUUCGAGAUCAUGGCCAAUCAGCCUGUCGGUAACUAUUGGAUACGUGGGAUUACUUUAGAGAAAGGACAAAACCACCGAGCAGACGCGAUUCUACAUUAUAUAAACGCCUCUACGUCUCAGCCCCAAACCAGCCGACAUGUGUGUAGCAACAAAACAUGCAAAGUGUUGAAUUGUCCGUUCACAUAUUAUCCAGAAAACUACACCGAAUGUGUCAAAUUAGACGAAUUAAAAUCGGCACCGUCCGGUAAGCCCGCCCCUAUAUUUGAGCCUGGUAGGUCUAAAGAAUUUUUUCUUAAUUUUGGGUUUCCAUCCUCAGUAAACGGUAGAUCGUUUGACACUCCUGAUGUUAAUCCUCUUUUGCAACCAAAAGAAUGGUCUUCCCCUUGCACAUCCCCACAGUGUGGCGAUGACCAUUUGUGCAAAUGUACCCAUGCGUUAGAAAUAGGUAAUAAUGAUACUGUUCAAAUCGUCUUCUUUAAUAUGGGUAGAGGAAAAGGUGCUUCUCAUCCGGUACACAUGCACGGGCAUUCUUUUUAUGUGUUGAAAAUGGGAUAUGGGCAGUACAAUUCGACUACAGCGGAAAUCAUAGGCGAUAAUCCAGAUAUAAAUUGUACAGGCCCAGGUAAAGAUUCUAAAAAAUCAUUUUGCACCAAUGCUACAUGGAGUAAUUCUUCAUGGCUCAACGGAAACGUUCCUAACAUAGAAUUGAAUCAUCCCCUACGAAAAGAUACGAUAAUCGUACCAACUGGAGGAUAUGUUGUUCUUCGUAUUAAAGCUGAUAACCCGGGUUUGUGGAAUAUGCAUUGCCACAUUGAACCACACCUCCUCGGCGGAAUGCAGAUGCUCAUCAACGAGUCGUUUGCAGACAUCCCCAAAGCGCCAAACUGGAUACCUGAUUGUUUUUCGUACCCCGCAUCACCGUACAGAAUGGGCCUCAUAAAGAACUGCCAAACAAACCAAUCAAACCAGAACGAUGCACUGCCAGUCGGCCAAGUGACCACAGAAAACCAUCCUGGCCUUCUUAUCGCCAUUCUUGUGAUGCAAAUCAUUAUGAUGCUGGUUGUCAGUUUCGCGUGCUUCAGACAGCGCAACUAUUCAACGUGUGCAGUCUGCAAAGGACAUGACGAGCCCGGAAUCAGUUUGGAACAGCAAUAG